AUGUCCGCCUUGCAGAUUCUGGCGUUUCUCAGUGGCCUGGGAGGACUCGGGGCCACGAUUGGCGCUACGGUGUCCAAUGAAUGGAGGGCCACCAGCCGGGCAUCGUCAGUCAUCACGGCUACAUGGGUGCUGCAGGGACUGUGGAACAACUGUGCCGGGAACGCCAUCGGAGCGCUGCACUGUAGGCCGCAUCACACCAUCUUGAACCUGGACGGCUACAUCCAAGCCUGCAGGGGAUUGAUGAUCGCUGCGGUUUGUCUGGGCUUUUUUGGGACCGUGUUUGCUCUGGUGGGGAUGAAAUGUACCAAAAUAGGAGGAAGCGACAAGACCAAAGCCAGGAUCGCAUGCUUUGCCGGUGUCAAUUUUAUUCUCAGCGGUCUGUGUUCACUUUCGGCAUGCUCUCUUUAUGCUCACAGAAUAACGUCAGACUUUUUCAACCCAAUGUUUGUGGCUCAGAAGUAUGAACUGGGAGCGGCGCUCUUCAUCGGCUGGGCGGGUUCUGUCCUCUGUGUUCUUGGAGGAGGCGUGCUCUGCUUCUCCGUGGCUGACUGUUCAAAGAAAAGCCAUACGGACUACACCUACAAAGGCGCCGCCUCGCAUUCUCAUAUCUCCUCAUACCAAAGAGGGAAGUCUAUAAGCCAACGGCCGCCCCCUGACUACAGCAGCUCCUCCAGGGCCCCCAACUUUGAUAAGAACGUAUACGUGUAAAUGAUGUGAAUAUUAAUAAAGCCACCGGUGAGUCAUGUGAGAUACUGUAAAAAAACGGUAACAGCUUGCCGCGGGGAAUGUGUUUGUUUAACACCGGGUGAAUUAGUUACUGCCUUUCCUUGUUUUCUGGUAAAAUGCUUUCUUUUCCUUUUAUUUUUUAAAUUAUUAUAGGCCUGUCACAAUAAUCAAUACAUCAAUUCAUUGCAUAAUAAAUAAUAACAAAGUUGCUAAUUUUGCCGGUCUCGAUAUACCGACACGUGCAUGCUUAAUAUCCCAGUUGACUGUGAUAAACGAGGGAUGACUUUAUCGCAAAACCCUUCUGUUUUUGGUCAAAACAAACAAAAAUGAAAUAUUGGUUCGUUCUCCUGAUUUUUAAUUUACUCAAGAAACUGAAAAAAAUUCCGGAAUAUAUCAGAAUAUAUCAACAGAUUUAGAAUGUAACCCCUUCAUGUUUUGGUUUCUUCUUUAUUAUCAGAAAAACAACAAAAAUGACUUUCAAUUGUUUUUCUGAUUUAUUAAAAAAAAGGUUAGGCUGCACGGUGGACGAGUGGUUAGCGCGCAGACCUCACAGCUAGGAGAACCGAAUUUGCAUGUUUUCUGCGGGUACUCCGGUUUC